GAAGGAAGGGAAGGACGAGUUCGGACGGACGGUUUUCCCUGCUGGGCACUUCCCGAUCGAGGCGGAUGAGAGCUUCUACGUCGGGGAGGUCGUGCCCGUCAUUCAUUACACCAUGGGCGGCAUCGCGAUCAACCCGGAAGGUCAGGUGCUGGACCAGAGGGGUGAUCCGAUCCCCAAGCUCUAUGCCAUCGGCGAGGCCAGUGGCGGGGUGCACGGGGACAACCGCUUAGCGGGCAAUUCGCUGCUUGAGUGCACAGUGUUUGGUCGGCAUGUGGGCCAGUCGAUGCCCAUCCGCCCGCGCAGCGAUGUGCAGCGCGACCAGCCUGCACCACCACCCGCCCCUGAAACGACGUCAGAAGAGCUGCGGAAGAUCUCUGCGGAGGCGGGUGUGGGAGUUUAUGAAGCUUGCUACCUUACUGAGGAUCCGUAUGCGUCCAUUGCAGAGGCUGCCGCCCAACAGAACCCUCAGGCAGUCGUCGAGAUGCUGUCGCAGGGCCACAAGGCAGAGUAUCAGGACGCUGACGGCAACACGGCUCUCCACUAUGCUGUUUGGUUCAGGCUAGAUUCACUGCUCACCCCGUUACUGGAACGAGGGGCGCGACCAGACAUUCCCAACAAUUCCGGAGAAUGUGCAGUACACUGGGCUGCGAACUCUUCCAAUGUCAUUGCUUUGGAUGCGAUGACGAAGGCCAACCGCGCUCUUCUCUCGAUACGCGACCAUGAUGGCUUCACUGCCUUCCUUUUGUCGGCACAGUCGGACAACUGCCCCGUGAUGGAGUGGCUGUACCUGAAAGGUGUCGGCUUGGAAGAGCAGGAUGACUGCGGCAGAACUGCCCUGCAAUGGGCCUGCCACAAAGGGAACAAGAAGACAGUCCAGUGGUUGCUCUCACGAUCUGCCAGCAUUGUUCACCGAGACCGAGAAGGCAUGACUGCACUUCACCACGCAGCCCUGCAAGGGCACACGCUGGUCGCGGAAAUGCUUAUGGAAGUCGGGGCUGUGCACCUCUUAGACGUCCCAGAUAGCGCUGGCGAAACCCCGAUUGAGCUCGCAAUGCAUAAAGGGAAGAGGCACUUGGUGCUUGACUUCCACAAGUGCCAGGUCUUCAACUUUGUGUUUGGCCGGCCAUACCUUUUUCAGACAAACUACGCAGGUCUCUUCGUUUGUGUCGUUGUCUACAACAUCAUCAUUUUUGCUUUUCUCAUAGCGCCAGGCAUUGCGGCUAGAAACCCUGAAGCCGUGAUGAUAUGGUCGAUGCUGAUGGGGUUGUCAUUGCUGCUUUGGGUGCAGCGCCUCUUCUCGGAUCCUGGCUGGCUUCAGCCACGGACCAUACACUCACAGAGUCACCUGCUGGGCGACGAUCCAGCAAGGACAUUUGACACUGAUCAACCGAUCGAGUCGCAGAUGGCUCACUGCGAAAGCCUUCUUCAGCAGCUGACCUGGACAUGCGAAGGCGAGGUCCCGCAGGUCACGAAGCUGGAGCUAGAGCAGAAUAAAUACAACUUUCAGCGGCACCUUCUCCAAGAAGCACGGAAGCGACUCAAAGAAAGCUGUGGCCUCGGUGAUCCUCGAAGCCCAGCCUUGGGCGAAUCCCAGCCCUUGAUCGCCUCAGGUUUCGAUGUUAGCAGGUCCCGGCAGGCCCAGUUGGACCGAGCAACUGUGGCUCUACACGAGCGUGAACGUGCUGCAGUAGAGAACCUGGGCCGUGCAAGAGUGGAGCACUUGCUGGAACAAGGAUCUAGCGAGUAUCUGACCUUGGUGGAUAAAGGCGACUUCAAGAAGGUGUGCGUCAUCUGCCGUGCGGUGCGCAAGUUUCGCUCCCACCACUGCAAGGAGCAAGGUCGAUGUGUCGAUCGAAUGGACCAUCAUUGUCCUUGGAUAGACAACAGUGUCGGUUUGGGCAAUCAAAGAUCUUUCUUUUCCUUCAUCACCGUGCUUCUUGCCGCCCUCCUUUACUUCUACUACACAGUCUUUCUUUAUGCCUGCGACACAAUGUUGCCAGAGAUCUCUCGAGGCUCCUUCGCUGAGCUGUUGGACUCCCUGACAAGUGGGUCCCUUGGAACAGCGUUGCGACCAAUUCUGGUUCUGAUUACGGCUGCGUUUGACGCAGUUUGGGUUUACUUCGUCGGAAUGCUUGUGGUCAGAACCACCGCCAACAUGAUGGUGAACCUAACUGCGUAUGAAGUCUUGGUCAGACCCAGCCACGUGCUGCGACGCUUUCAGAAAACUCGAGGAGAGUAUUGGUACCUCCAGGGCUUUGGGCUCAGAUCUGCCUUGUACAACUCCAUUAGCUUCUGGACAUUAGACGACAGCGGUGAUGCGGCGGCUUUUCGUAGAACUCAAGAGGUGCAAGGCAGGCCUUCUGACCUGAUGGAAGAGCCCUGA